GUCCAUCCAGCGUUACCAACAACAAUUUUUUUACGGUCGAAUACAAUAAUAAUUAGGCCCUAUAUGAAUCAUGUCAAUAAUGUAGAGUAUUAUAAUUGAUUGUGUAAACGGCUUAUCAAUGGAUCAACAAGAAUUUAGUGCAAGACAUCCAUACAGUAGAAAUGCAUAUUUAGAUUAUGGUAUUGCUAUUGAUGAUGAAGAAGAAGAAAAUGAGCUACUUAGACGCCUAGAAGGAAUGGGGAAUAUGGAAGCUGGAGAUGAGGAUGAUCAGGAACAUGAAGAGGUUCUUGAAUCAAUACAUACAAAUAAGCAUACCAAGAGGUCCCAGAAAGCAUUCCUAACUCAGUCAGAUGACCGUGAGGAAAAUCAAAGACCUUUUCUGCGAAACCCUCGCCUGGUAAGAUUUAAAACACGAAAACUGGACCCUGAUUCCAGGCCAGAGUGGACAGAAUCUUCUACAGGCAUGGCGGCACCAACGCCAGACUUGUACGUCACAGACAUCAAUCAAACCCAUGAUGCAAUAAGAGCAAGAGACAUGCGUGCUGCAUUUAACGAAGGACAAACCUCCGCUGAUUGGUUGAAGACUCACAGUGUAGAAAUAUUUAAAUUGACCCUCAAAGAUCUGCUUGUAAAAGGAGCUGUAACAAAGUAAGUACGU